GGUGGGGAAGGGAGGAGAAAAGAUGGCAGGAUAUUUAGUAAAUUGGAGAAGACUCACUGUUCUAUAGAUUUACUUCCUGUCCAGGUAAUUCAUCUUCCUCUUUGCUGCUAAAGAAAAAAAAAUCCCUUUCUGAAUGACUCUGAUGCAUGUGAGCCACCAUAGUGUUCUACAAGGGACACCACUUGGUCAUCAGUCCCAAACUUUACUUAGAGGCACAGGAAAGAAGAUAGGUCACUAGGGGGCAUGGCUUCUGCUGCCUCUCUACCCAAUGCUGGCUUUGUCAUUUGUGUAAAAGACAAAGGCCCCUUUUUUUUGUUUAGCUCCCUGCCAAGUUUCCUUCCCACUCAAUCUGGAAUGUUCUGCUGGUCCUGUCCUUCCAAAGCCCUUGCCCACUCAGCUCCUAUUUCCUCACCCUGGAAUAUUUUUAAACCAGAGUGUUAUCUGUGAGAGCUUCUGUUAAUCUUAUCUGUUCAACCCUUUUCCCACCCUGUUAGGACAAAUCGAGGCUUCCUGGAGCAAGCCAUGGAGUGAGGAGACAGAAGAUGAGCUUCACCGUGCACAGAAAAGUGUAGCAGGAAACAGAGGAACAUCAAACAGAAACAGCUGCCCGAGGGAAGAGGAAAACAGUGACUUCAUCUCUCUGUACCUUUGCACACACACGUGCCUGAGAUGACUUAGGCAGCCACAAAAAGGGAAACAAACGAAGAAGACCAGGACCCACCAGCUGUCCUCCCAGGCCUCUGCAACAGCUGAAGGGUGUGCAGCGGAGGGGACUUAGGGGAUCCAGGCUGUGCUGGUCACACCCUCAUCGCACUCUGGGCCCAGGCUCCUGGCCCUCCCCCAGAGGCAUUGCACUAUUUUCGGUGGUGUAGACCCCGCCCCCACUCUGACUGAGUCCUGGCUCUCCCUCCAGCUAAAGGGGUCGCGUCGAUCUUGUUGGGGUUGCACUUGGGAUCAGGGCUGCCAGUGGCAACCUCAGUCAUGUCUGGCCGCACAGUGCCACAUGCCCACCCAGCCACUGCCGAGUACGAAUUUGCCAACCCCAGCCGCCUGGGUGAGCAGCGCUUCGGAGAAGGUCUCCUUCCAGAAGAGAUCCUGACCCCCACCCUCUACCAUGGCUACUAUGUUCGGCCUCGGGCCGCCAGAGCUGGGGAGGGCAGUAGGGCAGGGGCCUCAGAGCUCAGGCUCAGCGAGGGCAAGUUCCAGGCAUUUCUUGAUGUGAGCCACUUUACCCCAGACGAGGUCACCGUGAGGACUGUGGACAACCUGCUGGAGGUGUCGGCUCGGCACCCCCAGCGUCUGGAUCGACACGGCUUCGUGUCCCGAGAGUUCUGUCGCACCUAUGUCCUGCCAGCAGAUGUGGACCCCUGGCGGGUCCGAGCUGCCCUUUCCCAUGAUGGCAUCCUUAACUUGGAGGCACCUCGGGGUGGCCGGCAUUUGGACACGGAAGUCAAUGAGGUCUACAUCUCUUUGCUCCCUGCGCCUCCUGACCCGGAGGAAGAAGAAGUAGCCAGAGUUGAGUCCUGACUGCCCGCGGGAGAGCCAGCACCCAGUGAAUCUCCUGUCUACGUCUCACGGGGAUUCCAGAAGUCCACCACCCCAGAGGUAGCAGCAUCCUCAGGGGAAAGGAUAGGUGUAUGGUCCACAGUGUAUGGUUUGAUUCUUUGAUGUGUCAUAGCCUUUGAUUUAGUUCUGGGUGGAGCUGAAUAAACCCAAA